AUUCUUGUUGACUUAAACAAAAAGAGAUUACUUUUGACUGUAAUUUUAUGGAUGAUCACUCAUCCCUCAUAUUGUGUAAGAGCUUACAGUGUAGUCCUGUUCUCCUUGCAGUCAAUAAAGAGUUUGCCUGAAGUGUGGUAGAUGUGUUUUGGUGUGGCUGUGUGAAUCUGUGCAGUGGUAUGUAGCAUGUCAGCUGUUGACAAUGUGUUCCUGGCCAAGCCAUCCUCCAUGUUGUGACCUUCUCUGUUUUUGUCCCUUUCUAGAAGCUGAGGAACUGUACCAGAAACGGGUGCUGACCAUAACUGGCAUUUGCAUUGCUCUUCUAGUAGUUGGCAUCAUGUGUGUGGUGGCCUACUGCAAAACCAAGAAGCAGAGGAAAAAGUUGCAUGACCGUCUUCGGCAGAGCCUUCGCUCAGAGAGGAACAAUGUGAUGAACAUGGCGAAUGGGCCUCACCACCCCAACCCGCCACCAGACAAUGUCCAGCUGGUGAAUCAGUACGUUUCAAAAAACAUAAUCUCCAGUGAACGUGUCAUUGAGCAAGAAACAGAGACCUCAUUUUCCACAAGCCACUACACCUCAACAACACAUCACUCUACGACAGUCACCCAGACGCCUAGCCACAGCUGGAGUAACGGCCAUACUGAAAGCAUUCUCUCCGAAAGCCACUCCGUUCUCAUCAGCUCCUCAGUAGAGAAUAGCAGGCACACCAGCCCAACAGGGCCACGAGGCCGCCUCAAUGGCAUUGGUGGACCACGAGAAGGCAACAGCUUCCUCCGGCAUGCAAGAGAGACCCCUGACUCCUACCGAGACUCUCCUCACAGUGAAAGGUACCACUUGCCACCUACCUCACUGCUUCCAGCUAGCAGGGUCUCCGCGAGAGUUUCCUAGCUUGGGAUCGUAGGA